AAUUAAUUAAAAUUCUCAAUGCAUUAUAUAUAGAACUUUCUUUGUAAUAAAUUAUUUGUAGAAAUUCUACAAAAUGAGUUUUUCCAGCGACGAAGUGAAUUUUCUAGUAUAUCGAUAUUUACAGGAAUCUGGAUUCCACCACUCCGCUUAUACAUUUGGAAUAGAGUCUCAUAUAUCUCAAAGUAAUAUAAAUGGUGCCCUAGUGCCGCCGGCCGCGCUUUUAAACAUACUCCAAAAAGGUUUACAAUAUACUGAAGCUGAAAUUACCAUCGGUGAAGAUGGCACUGAAACACGUCUCACUGAGAGCCUCAGUUUAAUAGAUGCUGUGACACCAGAUAUUGUGGCAGCUCGUCAAAAUGCACACAAUGCCCAGAAGCAAGCUACUAAAACUGAACCAGGCUCUGGUGGGGAACAGAAUGGUGUCGAUGGCACACCCUGCACAACAGGUGCAAUCACAGGAGGUGCAGCAACACCUAGUGCUCCAGAGACCAUGGAUGUUGAUCAGUCUAUUGAGAUACCCGCAAGCAAGGCUACGGUGCUCAGAGGACAUGAAUCAGAAGUAUUUAUAUGUGCUUGGAACCCGAGUACAGAUUUGUUGGCUAGUGGUUCUGGGGAUAGUACAGCAAGGAUAUGGGAUAUGUCUGACAAUCCAGCGACUACUCCAAAUCAAUUAGUGCUUCGGCAUUGUAUACAAAAAGGAGGUACUGAAGUGCCUAGUAACAAAGAUGUUACAUCGUUAGAUUGGAAUUGUGAUGGGAACCUCUUAGCCACAGGAUCAUAUGAUGGCUACGCACGCAUUUGGACCACAGACGGAACCUUAGCAUCUACAUUAGGCCAACACAAAGGACCUAUAUUUGCUUUGAAAUGGAAUAAACGUGGAAAUUAUAUUUUAAGUGCUGGGGUUGAUAAAACAACUAUUAUAUGGGAUGCUGCAACUGGGCAAUGCACACAACAAUUUUCAUUUCAUUUGGCACCCGCACUGGAUGUUGAUUGGCAGACAAAUACAUCCUUUGCUUCUUGCUCUACUGAUCAAUGUAUACAUGUGUGCAAGCUCAAUGCCGAUAAACCUAUUAAGAGCUUCCAGGGGCAUACUAAUGAAGUCAAUGCUAUCAAGUGGGAUCCACAGGGGCAAUUACUUGCCUCAUGUUCAGAUGACAUGACACUAAAAAUUUGGUCAAUGAAACAAGAUACUUGUGUUCAUGACUUGCAAGCUCAUUCAAAGGAAAUUUAUACCAUUAAGUGGUCUCCAACAGGACCAGGAACACAAAAUCCUAAUAUGAACUUGAUUCUGGCAAGUGCUUCUUUUGAUUCCACUGUGCGUUUAUGGGAUGUUGAAAGAGGUGUUUGUAUACACACAUUGACAAAACAUACAGAGCCUGUUUAUAGUGUUGCCUUUUCUCCAGAUGGUAAAUUUCUUGCUAGCGGUUCUUUUGACAAAUGUGUACACAUAUGGUCAACACAGACUGGUGGACUAGUACAUUCCUACAAAGGGACGGGUGGUAUUUUUGAAGUAUGCUGGAAUUCUCGUGGCACCAAAGUUGGUGCUAGUGCUAGUGAUGGUAGUGUAUUUGUUUUGGAUUUACGUAAAUUAUAAUAUUACGCUCAUCAAAAUAUACAUCAAACUGUACAUUUUGAUAAUAUACAGCAAGGCUGAUUUCAGUGACCCAGGUGUACACAUGUAGACAAUGAGAUGACUGUAAAUGUUAUAUGUAGACACAUAUAUUUCAAGUACUUUAU